GUAACGCCACCACCAACUGCGAGACUUCGACUUCCGUCGCCCUCUCGUUCUCAAUCUAUCUGCUGCGACUGCUGUGUUCCUCCACCGUCGACUGAGGUGAGUGUGGUUGAUUAGGAUGAUGUAGGAAAGCGUGAACUAGGGCUUGUUUUAAGGUUCUAAACUCAGGGAAGUGCAGAUAAAUUGAGCAUGAACAAUUUCCGCCUUCUCCUCCGCCGUGGCUAUGCCACCAAGUACAGCGGCAGGGUGGUCACCGAAAUGGAUAAUGGACUCUCAUUUGCGGUCGAAGUCCGAGUCCCGAACAUACAACAACUUGACCCCAGAGGUUACCCUCUCCCUCGCCGUGACCUUGUAUGCAAGGUUGUUAACAUUCUCCAGUCCCAGUCUUCCACCUCAUCAGACCCCUUCAUCGAACUAUCCGACUAUCUAGAAACCCUAACCCUAACACUGACCCUUUCUGAAGCCUCAGAAAUCCUUAAAUCCAUCCGCUCUACAUCUCUUGCACUCCAAUUCUUUCGAUUUUGCCCCUCUUCAAUCCCUAAAUUCCGUCACAAUUGCUUCACCUACAACCACAUUCUUCUGAUCCUCUCCAAAUCUUCCUUGCCUGACAGGUUUGACUCUGUCCGUCAGAUUAUUAUUGAGAUGGAGAGGUCGUGUGUUCGUGGCAACAUCUCCACUGUCAAUAUUUUGAUUGGAAUAUUUGGCGGCAGUGAAGAUCUGGACAAGUGUUUACGUUUGGUUGAAAAAUGGGAGCUCAGGAUCAAUCGGUAUACAUAUAAAUGCCUUCUCCAGGCUCAUUUGCGCUCUCGUGAUUCAGACAAGGGAUUGGAAGUUUAUCAAGACAUGAGAAGGAAAGGAUAUCAACCGGAUAUCUUUGCUUACAAUAUGCUACUUGAUGCUCUUGCCAAAGAUGAAAAGGUUGAUCAGGCGUACAAGGUUUUCGAAGACAUGAAGAGGAAGCACUGUGAGCCUGAUCAAUAUACAUACACAAUUCUGAUCAGAAUGACUGGAAAACUUGGGAAGUGUGAUGAUGCCAUAGCACUCUUUCAAGAAAUGGUAUCAAAGAACCUAGCUCCAAAUUUAAUUGCUUAUAAUACUACAAUCCAGGUCCUUGCUAUGAGCCGGAUGGUUGACAAAACUAUAUAUCUCUUCUCAAAAAUGGUAGAAAAUGAUUGCCGCCCCAAUGAAUUUACUUAUAGUAUUAUUCUGAAUGUCCUCACUUCAGAAGGACAGCUUGGUAGACUCGAUGAAGUGGUGGAAAUAUCAAAGAAGUACAUGAACAAGGGCAUAUAUGCAUAUCUUGUGAGGACACUUAGUAAAUUAGGCCAUGCCAGUGAGGCCCACCGCCUAUUUUGCUACAUGUGGAGCUUCCACGAUAAGGGAGAUAGAGACGCUUACUUAUCCAUGUUAGAAAGCUUAUGCAAGGAGGGUAAAGUAACUGAAGCUUUGGACCUACUAAGUAAGAUUCAUGAGAAGGGGAUAAGCUCCGAUACUAUUAUGUAUAACACCGUAUUUACUGCUCUUCGGAAAUCAAAGCAAACAUCUCAUCUUCAAGAUUUAUAUGAGAAGAUGAAACAAGAUGGCCCUUCACCUGAUAUAUUCACUUACAAUAUAUUGAUUUCGAGCUACGGCAGAGCUGGACGAGUUGAUGAGGCUGUUAAGAUCUUUGAUGAGCUGGAGAACAGCAAUUGUAGGCCUGAUAUUGUAUCGUAUAACUCUUUAAUCAAUUGUUUAGGGAAAAAUGGUGAUGUUGAUGAAGCCCACAUGAGGUUCAAAGAGAUGGAAGAGAAGGGCUUAGAUCCUGAUGUUGUAACAUAUAGCACACUUAUCGAGUGUUUUGGGAAGUCAGAUAAAGUAGAUAUGGCUUGUAGAUUGUUCGAUGAAAUGCUUUCUGACGGGUGUUUCCCCAAUAUUGUCACAUAUAACAUAUUAUUAGAUUGCCUUGAGAGAUGUGGGAGAACUGCUGAAGCUGUUGAUUUGUAUGCAAAGCUUAAACAGCAGGGUUUAACACCUGAUUCAAUUACGUAUUCCAUUCUUGAACGUUUACAAAGCGGUUCUCAUAGGAAAUUUAGAAGUCGGAGGCAACAUCCAAUUACUGGAUGGGUUGUUAGUCCUUUAAGGUGAUAACUAGGUUACAACCAAACCCGAUGUCACAGAGGAUGCUCAUUGUGCUCGUAAAUGCGCAAGGCACAAGAUGAACUGUCGGUCUCAAUUUUGAAUGUUGUUAUUUAUUUAAAGACGAACCUGUUGGGUUGCCAGUGGUGCCUCUGGAUGAAGUCCUGAUGCUGAAUUUUCGAACUCUGCAUGAGAGGUGAGGUCGUUUUUCUUCAUUGGAAAAGAAGUUUGUCUACUUCUCUUCGAUAUGCUUGGUAAGUUUCAUGUAACUUAGUGGCUCAUUGAUUCAAUUUAACUUCCAAUUAGUUUUAAGGAAUUUUGUUCCCAUCUCUUUUGCUUUUCCUGUAUAGAAUCUUGACAAUGUUUUUGCUUUUACUGUUGGGAUGGUUGCUAAUAUAUAAAUCUUCCUUGUGAUCCAUGUUAGAAAGAGAAAUAAAAGCAAAUUGGACAGGAAUGACCUCCAUAGCCUUAUGAUAUCACCACAGCAUAUAAAACGUGGCAUCUCACUUCAGGAUAUAGCUAGUCUCUUCCUCGCUGUCAUGAAUUAAUGCUUAGGUCCUGUAUACCAUAUCUUGUCUCCUGGUAGAUUUCUGAUGACUUGAAACCUGACAAAUGCAAUGGGAUUUUGGCCAUCCAAUAAGUCUCUUGUGAAAGAGUAAGCUCCAGCUGAGAAAGAUAAAGCAGGUUUUAGAGAGAGAGAGAGCAUAUGUGUACAAGUGAAGUGGGAAAAAAACCUUUAAGAUAUUACCAUCGUGGUAAAAUCAACCCAUUUAUGUGAAAUCGGGUUAAUUUAAGUUAUAGU